AUGAGGUGGCUCUUAGGCAGCAGUUGGAAGAAAUUUGGACAUGCUGACAGGGGAAGCUAUGACUGGCUAACAAGUGAACCAGGCGCACCCUUGCCGGAAACACAGCUACAGAGUCAGCAUAAAGUAAGCUCAACCAAAGAAGAUAUAGAGCCAUUCUUAUGCAUCAUACUGCCUGCUACCAUGAUGCUUUUCUUGGCAUUCCUGUUGCUCUUCCUCUACAGACGUUGCCAGCGUCGCAACCCUCAGGCCCAGAUCUUCAGCACUGACCUCCCAGAGUCCCUUCCUGAGCAUGAAGUGACUGAUUUCCUGUCAGUGCUGCCCUGGAGCAGUGAGCAGAACUUUCACUAUUCAACUCUCCUGCCAGAAACCAGCUUUCUCACUAUAUGCUUGCCUCCAUCCUAUGAAGAAGCCACCAUGAAGGCCUCCGUGGAAGGGGACCACAUCCAGUUUUGUCAGGAUCCAGUACCUCCUUAUGAAGAGACCAAACCACAGUAA